AUGGAUCCUUGGAGCAGCAGUGUGCCCUCGGCGAUAAUUGGCGCCGCCCCGCCGCUAUUCGACUAUUCGGAUCCGCUUUUAUCUCGUCUUUUGGACACCAAAAGGAGCCUUCUUGGUGGCCUUGACGACACCCAAGAGGUGGUUGGCGAGGACGAGGAAAGUGAAAGAAAAGCGCCAUCUCCACAAUUCCAGUUCUUUUCGGCUGUUUGUGAGGGAGACGUUGUCACGGUGGAAGCCGUUGCCAAAGAGAACCCUGGUGUGGUUCUGCAAACGUAUCCUGAAGAGGAAGGUGUCACGCCUCUUAUAUUUGCUGUGGCCUUUGAUCACCAGGAAGUGGCAGAGUCGCUCUUGUCUUCAUACUCGGUUGAUGCAGAUGUUCCAGACGGAACUCCAAUUGGCUACUCGCCGCUCAUGUGGGCUGUCCACUUGCGUAACUUGCCUAUGGUGAAGCUUCUUUUGGACUACCAGGCUGAUCCUCAAUAUUCGCCCAAGAGCGACGGCAAAAACGCAGUUUCUUUGGUAACUCCUGACGAUUUGGCCACGUAUGAGUUUUUCAGGAGCCACAAUCUCUUGAAUAAGGAUCUGAACAGAGGAAGCGAGAUCUUCGAAAGCGAUCCUUUCCAGCAUGAUACUGGAGACAUGGACUCCUUGACCCACCAGAUCAGAAUGCAAACUGCCGGCUUGUCGCUUGAUGCUGAUGACGAUGACGACAAUGUCAGAGAGAAGGAAUUGGACGAGGAAGCUGAAUUGUCGCUCGAUACAGAAUUGGUCCAGACCCCAGAGUACGACUACGAGAAGCUCCUCCCUGAGCAGUACAUCAAAUUCACAGACUCAGAUAUCCCGUCUUUGCUUGAUUAUAUCUUCAACUUGAGAACUGAUAACACCUCGUUGCAGCAUUCCACCAAGGUUCCUGCUGCCAUCGUCUUCCAGCUCGUUAGAUACUCCCACUUUAAAGUGCACAGCAAGGACUUGACUGAGUUCCUUUUCGAAUGCUUUUUGGCUAGAUUGAGGUCAGUAACCAACACAAAGUCUGGUGUUUUUAAUAUGGCCAUUGCCGAACAGAGCGAUAAAGCUGCUGCAUUGGGGGCAGGUGAUAUCGUGCUUUUGAGUUACUGGCUCUCGGCCAUCCAGUUCUUGCAUUUCUAUUUCGCUAAAGCGAACAUCUAUCACGACUAUCCAGCUUUCCUUCAAGAGUUUGUUAACAUUAACCAGUCAUUAAUCGCAACCCUUUCCUUCUCCAUCAACUCGAGGCUUAACUUGUUGGUCGAUGAAUGUUUGCUUAAAUUCACCAACUUGGUCGAUGUGUCGUCCGUGUUGUACGCCAAGGACUGGAACUUUUUCAAGAACAAAACCAACAUCAAGGACCAGCCAAGCACUUACGAUGACAUCUUGGAUAUGCUUUACCCACCUACAAUGAAAGAGUUGAUGAAACCUUCGCCACUCAAAUACGUACAGGUUUUAGGAGCUCUCGACUACGUGCUCAAGUUACAUGAAGUUGAUCCCUUGUUGAGACUCCAAACCUACUCGCAAGUGUUUUAUUACAUCAAUGCCACCAUAUUUAACAGGCUUGUGGCUAAUUCGAAAUACUGUUCGCGUGCCAAAGCUAUCCAGAUUCGUCUCAAUGUCUCCACUUUGGAAGACUGGUUGAGAUCUCAUAAUUACAGCAUCUACAAACCUGAAAAAGCCGGUGGAUUAAUAGAACUUUUGAAACCUGAAGAAGGAGGCCAUCAGUUGAGAUUGCACAAUCUUCUUGACGAAUCUCCACAGACGGAUGGAAGUGUCGCUGACACCAAGAACCCCCACUGUCUCGCUUUUUACUAUAGAUCGUUGUAUCACAUUGGCAAGAGCCAGUUGAUGCCCACCAUAGAGCUAUUGCAAUGGUUGCAAUGUAUGUCGGCGCUUAAGGAUGAGGAGAGUCUCAUCAACACCAUUAAUCAGUUCGAUACGCUCAACUACUACCAGUUGUUCAAGGUCGCAAACAAGCUUUAUCGUUACGAAGUCGAGGAGACUAAGCUACCGAAGCCACUUCUUCAGUAUCUUAAACGUCUUAUGAACGAGCACGGCGAGAAGCAGAUUGAACGGAGUCUUUUGCAUUACAUGACGCAGAGCACGUUUUUGCUGAAGGAGUUGUACAUUUACCUCAACCCCAACUUCAUUUUCAGCGUUGGCUUGCCCAACUUAAACGAGCUCAUUGUCCGCUACGGAGCAGGCCUUGGAGGCAUCAAGUCGCUCAGAGCCAAGAAGUUCCAGCCAACCUUGCCAGUCACUGUGUUGGACGACGUGGAUGAUAUUCUCACGAAGAACAAGGAGUCCAACAUGAACGAUACCUAUGACUACGAAGAGCACACGGACGACGAGGCCGAGGAAGAAGAGCCAGUCCAGACUAGUAAUGGUGACGAUAUCGACGAAAGACCAGCUGUGGACGGGAACUCGAAAUCUUUCAAGGGUGAUGAACUCUUCAAGACCGUGCAAGUUCCUCUGUCGCUAGUGCACAGAAACUGGGGUGAUAAUGACGAGAAUCCAUGGUAG